AAACCUAGCAAUGCCAGCUUAAAUCUCCACCAUGCCACCUCUUCAGAUGCUUCCCAGCUCACCGACGUAUUCCUCCAUUCCUUCUCCGAUGCCUUCAACCGUCGCUUGUUCCCCCUGACCGACGAUGUGCGCACCUGGUGGUUCGAGAAAUUCACCAGCGACCUGGAGGAGACCGGCAAGCCCACAUCCGGUAGCACAAUCCUCAAAAUCGUGGACGAGAGCCAGAAGGACCCGGUGAUUGCAGCCUUCGCCAAGUGGAAGUUGUAUUCUGGCGAGCAACGGCAACCCGAGCCCCCACAGCUGGACGAGCAGAGUCUCGCGCGGAAUUGGCCCCCAAGCUCUGAUCAGAAACUGUGUGAGGAAUUCUUCGGGAAGAUGGACCAGGAGAAGUGGGAGGUUAUGGGGGCCAAGAAGUAUUACUAUCUCGACAUGCUCGCAACCCACCCCAACUACAAUGGACGAGGACUGGGGUCGCAGCUCUUGCGAUGGGGGCUGCACCGGGCGGAUGAAGCUGGGGUGGAUACCUUUUUGGCCUCGACCCCCCAGGGCCGACGGUUGUAUGAGAAGUAUGGAUUCCAAGUGGUGAAGGAAUACGAGGUUGUGGAGGGACAUGUUCAGGCGUCGAUGGUGCGG